AUGGAUACUGAGGCUAACCCAAGGUUAUUCCGUUUACCAUUUAAGUUACCCAAUUCUGCAACUGCAAGAAGAUGGGGGGUUUACUUUGCUGGUGUAUUAUAUGCACUAGGUUUUUGGUUAUUUUUAGAUGCUGUAAUAUAUUCAAAACAUGCCAAUGCAUCUGAUGUUCACGUAACGUUUAUUGAUUGGAUCCCAUUUUUAUGUAGUACAUUUGGUACUAUUAUUGUAAGUUCAAUUGAAAAAAGCAGAUUGUUACAAGGUAUAUUAUCAUCUGAAGGAGGGGGUCUUGGAUAUCUUGGGGGAGAUAUGGAUUCAAGCAUGGCAUGGCAAGCACGUUCUGUGUUGUUCUUAGGGUUUGCAUUACUAGCUGGUGGGUUAUCAGGCUCAAUUGUCGUUUUAAUCAUCAAAUUUUUAGUAAAAGAUUACACAUCAUACCCAACUGUUGGAAUGGGUGUCAAUAAUGUUUUAGGGAACGUAUGCAUCUUAUUUAGCUGUGUCGUACUAUGGAUAGCACAAAACAUGGAGGAUGAAUAUUCAUAUUCAUUAACACUUUAG